AUGAAUAUAUUUACCAGAUGUGUAUUUUUGUAUUCAUUCAUUAUAGUAUUUGUAAUUUGCACAAAUGAUAAUAACCAAUCCAAUAACACCGAUGAAGGGGGGGGGAAGGACAAACCAGGGAAGGGUGGCUUUGACUUUAGCCAACUGGGGGACAUUUUGAAUUCCCUGAACGGGAAAGGAGGUAAAGGUGGAAACGCAAAUAAUAAUAACGAUCACUUUGACAUGUUAAAUAAUCUUUUAAACCAGAAAGGCUCAUCAGGAGGAGGCCUGGAAAAUCUUAUGAACCUUUUUAAUACAGGAACUAAUAAGGGAGGCGGAAAUGCAAAUUUGAAUAAUUUAGAUAUGGGCAAAAUGAUGGACAUGUUGAAGCAGUUUGGUGGAGCCGCCAACAGUGGUGCACAGGGGGGUGGCAAGGGCACCGGUGCAGAUGGACAGAAAGCUAACCCUAUGGAAUCUAUUGGAAAUUUGCUAAACAUGAUGAAUGCGGGUGGCAACAAGGGAGGCGAUGGGAAGGGUGGCAACCCACUGGAAAGCAUAACCAGCCUGUUGGGCAAUCUAGGGGGGAACAAAGGAGCUGACGGGAAGGGUGUCUACUGGGCAACCUCGGCGGAAAUAAAGGGCGCCGAUGGGAAGGGAGGCAACCCGAUGGAGCACCUAACCAGUCUACUGGGCAACCUCGGCGGAAAUAAAGGCGCCGAUGGGAAGGGAGGCAACCCGCUGGAGCAUCUAACCAGUCUAUUGGGAAAUCUCGACGCGAAUAAAGGAGCUGACGGGAAGGGAGGCGGGAACAACAAACUGAUGGGAGACAUCCAAUCACUAUUGGGUAACUUCCUCAACGCAGGGAAGAACAAUAACGCGCCAUUUGCAUUAGAUAAAGGUGUAAUGGAUGGAUCUAGAAAUAAAGAAUCCAUUAUGUUAGAAUAUAAUCAAAGUGAAAGGGACCUCCUGAGAGAAUUACAAAAUUUGAUUAACAAAAGUAAAGGAAUGAAUGCCAAUGGAAGUAACAAAGAGUUAGAAGAAAAGAAUUCCAAGCUGAAGAAUUUUUUCAGCUCACUUAAAGGGAGGUAUAAUCCGUAUUCCUACGAGAGAAAAAUCCUAAAUGAUAUAACAAGUGAGGAGGAUAUUAAGAAUAAGUAUAACAUUGAUGACGAAUUUGAAAAGCAUAUAUAUGUUAGUGCAAAUGAUACGAGUGUUCAUUAUGAAGAAAUGAGUGAUGAGGAAAAGGAGAAGAAGACAGGGAUGUUUGCUGAUGUGAACCAAUUGGAUGAUAACGAAUCUGUUGAAAGUGGAUCGAUUAAUAGCCACAUUUUAAGAAAGAGCAAAUUAGAAAAUGAGAAACUUCUGCGUGGGUUAAUUGCAGGGGAGAGUGAUAAUUUGCGUGAAUGUAAUUGCGCGUCGAGUAAGGUAAAGAACUGUGUGUUUUCCUACAUCAACUAUAACAACUUGGAGUAUAUGCUGGACAGCUUGAACAUAGAUGUGAAGACAAUGGUGAAGCAGUACCGAGCUUCCUCUGUUUCUGCUACUGCUAAAGAUGCUGCUUCUGCAUAUGUUAAGUCGGAAUCGUUUCUCGUCCCGUUACCCCCCUUGGAUGCGAAAUCAGACGUCAGGGACACGUCCAAGUAUGUAUUGAGAGUGCCUCGUGUUCUCUUCCUCUCAACGAAGAAGGCCUUCUCCACCUCCAUGGAUAGGUACUUCUUCAAUUUGUACGAUAUUAUGGAGAGCCAGCUGAAAUGGAAUACGUACAUGUGGGGCUACGGGUUUAAGUACUACCCUCUAUUCUUCACGAAGAAUCUACACACACUGUUACACAAUUAUGACAAGCAAAUAGGAAGGGAACCAUUUGAUAUCAUCUUUGUCCACAGCAGUUUUGUUUCAAACUAUUACAAUCAUUAUUUUUUUCUGAAGAGUAUGCCAAGGAUGACUACUUUGAUAUUUAUAAAUGAUGGAUGGGAUAGCAAUGUAAAGAAUGCCUACUUGAAUUUAUUUCCUCACAUAUUUUUUCAAAACCAGGUAAAUAUAUUCGAGUAUAACCCCUUGAACAGUAUUGACUCCGGGUCGGAGAAGAGAAAGCUCGUCAAUAGCUUAUGGAAUAAGGUCUCCAUUAAUGACUCCAAUGAGGUGAUAUCAAAUAAGCAUAAGAAGAAGGGGAAAAAUAACGACAGUAGGAAAAAGAAAGGAGGUAACGGGGUAGGUGGAGAUGAGGAGGAACAGGAUGGGAAGCAGCAGGGUGGGAAGCAGCAGGGUGGGAAGCAGCAGGAUGGGCGCAGUGCAGGUGGGGAGGACUCCCAGCAAGAGGAUGAACACGACGAUGAUGAAAACAAAACGUUGUGGGCAUUCCUACCCCAUGGAGUGAAUCCCUGCUGCCUGGACAAUUUUGAAAAUAUGUUCGACAUGAAGGAGAACGACCCGAACGACACCUCGAAGAAAAUGGUAAUCAGUCCAACCUAUUACCAGGACCUUGCCAGAAAGAUGAAGAAGAAGAAAAAAAACAGUCUCAAAUUGGAGCUGUCCUACUCCCUUCUGGACGUAUUCCUUCCAGCAUGCACCUAUAAGGAUACCAUCCCGAGCUUUCUCAACAAUGAGCAUAGAGACAUCGACAUACUCUACCUCUGCAACACGACGUCCAGUAAUUACAAUGACUUCCUAAUUCAGAAGGUCAUGGAUUACAUUUACAACAAAGAUAUUAGCAGCCUGAAACAUAAAAUAAAGAAAUACGAGUUCGAUUUGUACUACUGGAAGGUGUGGGGUAUGCAGACUACACACAAAUUGAUCAAGAACAAAUUAAAGGAGUACCAUCAUAUGCUGCGAAGGAGCAAAGUGUGUAUAAUUAGCUCCAAGUUUGCGGGCAUGCUGAACAGAAUGGUGAUUGAUGCUCUUUUCAAUGGCUGUGUUGUCAUUACGGAUAAGAGUCAUAACAAGGAUAUUAACAAGUACAUUAUUACGACACGCAUACCGUAUGAGUAUUACGAAAUUAGUGACCUGAUUUAUAACAAGGAGAAUAUGAACAGCCUUUCAAAAGACAUGGUGGAAAAAAUUAAUGCCACUUUGGAGGAGGUAAAUAGUGGCAAGAAGGACCUUCUCAAAUUGGAGGCGUUUAAAACGGUUAUGAAUUCGUAUACCUACCAAGGGGUUAUUCUGAACUGGAUCCUCCCCACGUUGUACUUCCACUACAAUCGAGAAAAGUACGAGCUUGUGAAUAACUACUUCGUUUUGCCGCAAUACUUUGAGGACGUUAUUUCGAAGAGCCUGAAAACGACGAGUGCCCAGCGGGAGAAAAUUAUCGCCAACAUUGACUUAUCCCUCCAGGAGGACCUCAUAAUGAAUAAUAAUGAAGUGGCUACCUGGUGCAUCAUCUGGGUCCUCAUCUUCGCCGUCAUCGUGUUUUACCUCCUGCGCAACAGCAACCUGGUUAGCGCCCUAUUCAAGCAGCGGAAGCUGCACCUCUGA